CUAGUGCAUGAAGUACUUCAUGGUCUAGUGAAAGUAAAUACGUGAGAUAGAUGUUUUCAACGUUCUAAUUGAAGUUUAAUUGAAUAAAAAUAAAAUUUGUUGCUAUUCUUUUUAUGUAUGUGAUAAAUAUUAGUGCAAAUUACUAUGGGUGAUAAAUCAAAUUUUUAUAAAAAAAGACGGAAAAUAAAACACACUAUCGAAAAAUAUGAACUAGACAAAAGUGAAACAAAUUAUAAUUCAGAUAAUCUAGAUAUUGGCAGAAAUGCAGAUAUUCCAUAUUAUGGAUGGAGAUUGUUUUUUCCUGACAAAGAAUAUAAAAUCGAUUGUAUUAUUUCAAAGCAAAUUAAAGCUGUAGAAAUCUAUAUAGAAAGACAUAAAGAGCUAUCAAUGUUACUUACAAUGACAAAUUUUGAAGCAGGAAUGUCUUUUGAUAUUGACAUAUCUGAAUUGUAUAAUGAUAAUGAAUUUAUGACGCAAUGGCCAAAUUUCAAACAUGAUAUAUAUGAGAAUCCAACAAAUACAUUAAAUUGUAUAAAACUUGGUAUUCAUCAGAAAAUUUUAAAGACAGUACCAGACGAAAAAUUGCAGUAUGUUCUGAAUUCUAUUAGCAGUUUACCAACAAUUAAAUUAGGAAUAUUAAAUUAUCAACCAAUUAUAUGUUUGCGAGAUCUUAAACUAAACUGUUAUGGUAAGUAUUUACAUAUAUAUGUUACCGUCAAAACCUGUAAUCAUUAAAACCCGAUUUCAUUA